UAAAUAGACCCCGAGAUGGCCAACAAGUUCAUUCAAUCAUCAAGAAGAUACUCGCAGCAUACGAUCAGCUGGGCAAUGAGUUACAUAGUGAUGGGGGGUGGCUGCAGAGUGAACCUCCUGAUCACCUUGCUCUUGAUGUGUGCUUGCAUUGCCACGGCGACGGUGGCCGGAGCAGAGUAUGCCAAGUACCGUGAUCCGAAGCAGCCCCUCAGUCGGCGGAUCAGCGACCUGCUGGGGCGUAUGACCCUCGCCGAGAAGAUAGGUCAGAUGUCACAGAUUGAGCAGGCGAACGCUACCGCCGACAUCAUCAAGAAGUACUUCAUCGGGAGCGUGGUGAGCGGCGCGGGCAGCGUACCGGCAGCGAACGCGCCGCCGGAGACAUGGGUGGAGAUGGUGAACGGGAUGCAGAGGGGAGCAUUGUCCACACGCCUCGGGAUCCCCAUUCUCUAUGGCAUCGAUGCCGUGCAUGGCGUCGGCAACGUGUAUAAGGCAACCAUCUUCCCGCACAAUGUUGGCCUUGGCUGCACCAGGGACCCAAAGCUAGCAAAGGAGAUCGGAGCGGCAAUUGCACUAGAAGUCCGGGCCACCGGGAUUCCGUACGCUUUCGCUCCGUGCGCGGCGGUAUGCAGAGAUCCCCGGUGGGGUCGGUGCUACGAGAGCUUCAGCGAGGACCCUGACGUGGUGCAGCGGAUGGUCACCGCCGUCAUCUCCGGCCUCCAGGGCGAGGGCAGCCGUCCGGGCGAGUCCUUCGUCCCCGGCGGCGGGCAGCGCAAAGUCGCGGCGUGCGCCCUGCACUUCGUCGGCGAUGGCGGCACGACCGAUGGCGACAAACAGAACGGUACCUUCCACGAGCUGCUCAGGGUGCACAUGCCGCCGUACUACAGCGCCGUCAGCCAGGGCGUCUCCACCGUCAUGGUCUCCUUCACCAGUUGGCACGGGGUCAAGAUGCACGCCAACCAUUUCCUCCUCACCGAGUUCCUCAAAACCAGGCUCCAGUUCAAGGGUUUUGUGAUCUCGGAUUGGGAAGGGAUUGAUAGGAUCACGACUCCUGCACAUGCUGACUACCUGCUGUCCAUCGAGCUGGCGAUCAUGGCCGGUAUUGAUAUGGUCAUGAUCCCGUACACGUACACGGAGUUCAUCAACGGCCUGACGAAGCUGGUGAAGAACGGCCACAUUCCGAUGAGCCGGAUCGACGACGCCGUGCGGCGUAUCCUCCGUGUCAAGCUCACCGUUGGCCUGUUCGAGAGCCCCUACGGGAGCCGCAGCCUCGCCGGCGAGGUCGGCAAGAAGGAGCACCGCGAGCUGGCGAGGGAGUCCGUGAGGAGGUCCCUCGUCCUGCUCAAGAACGGCAAGGCCGGCGACAAGCCGCUGCUGCCGCUGCCCAAGAACGCCAAGGGAAGCAUCCUGGUCGCCGGCAGCCACGCCGACGAUCUCGGCAGUCAGUGUGGCGGAUGGACUGUAACCUGGCAGGGCGUCGCCGGGAACAACCUGACCACCGGGACCACGAUCCUCGGCGGCAUCAGGCAGGCCGUGCAGGGCCACGGCACGGACGUGGUGUACUACGAGAAGCCCGACGCGGGAUUCCUGCGGCGGAACAAGGACCACUUCGACUACGCCGUGGUCGUCGUCGGCGAGCCGCCCUACGCCGAGGCGUUCGGCGACAGCCUCAACCUGGCCAUCCCGCCCCCAGGGCCCAGCUUGAUCCGGGAUGUGUGUGGCAGCGUCAGGUGCGUCGUGGUGGUGGUCGCCGGAAGGCCGCUGGUCGUCGAGCCGUGCCUGGACGCGGUCGACGCCCUCGUGGCGGCGUGGCUGCCGGGGACGGAGGGGCAGGGUGUGAGCGAUGUGCUGUUCGGCGAUUACGGGUUCACUGGGAAGCUUGCGCGGACGUGGUUCCGGAGAGUGGAGCAGCUGCCCAUGAACAUGGGAGACGCACACUACGAUCCUCUGUUUCCCUUCGGGUUCGGGCUCGAGACACAGCCGCUGAAAGCAUAGCAUUUCCCUGAUCCUCUGUUUGCUUUUUUGCUCGUCAUUAGAUUUGGAACCGGCGGGAUAUCCAAGUAGAAGAUUCUUAUUUUAAACUGGAUUAUUAUAAUACUAUACUAGUUUUGUACUCUUCUUAAUUAAAAUAAAUUGAUUUUUAGCUUGUCAUAA